AUGCGAGGACAAGUUCAACACAUCAGUGCUCAUAUCAUCAAAUUAGGUGAUAAUGUCUCGAUAGAUGAGACGCCCAAGCCCGGCGGCGAGUUCAAGCGUAAGGAGAUCCAAGCUACAGAAUUAAGAUUGUUUGUUCAUGGUCUUUCUUGGCAUACAACCGAUGAAACUCUACGCGAGGGUUUCAAAAAGUUCGGCCAAGUUGAGGAAGCUAUCGUCGUCAAAGACGGUGCAACUCUGCGAAGCCGCGGCUUUGGUUUCGUACGCUUUGCCAGUGCUGCCGAGGCGCACGCAGCACAGGCUGGAAUGAACAAUGCCGAGUUCGAUGGGCGGGUUAUCCGUGUUGAUUUCGCCUUUGACCGUUCUUCUAUGCCUAGUUUCGGUUUCCAAGGUAGGGGUGGAUAUAAUGCGGAACCACAGGGGUUUGGUGGCUAUGGCAAUGGUGUCUGGGGUAAUAGUGGCUAUGGAAGUGGUGGCUAUAGCUUUCGCACUGGCUUUUCUGGAUUCUGGUGUGAUGGUAGUAGCGGCUCUAAGCAGGGUGAGCUCGCUAGUACCACGACCAAGAGCGAUGAUAAAGAAUAUGAUCAUCUUGAGAAUGAAUCACAAGGGAAUACAUCUAUGCUCGAUCACAUUGCUCAGGAGAGCGGGAUGCCAAGCCAUUUUGAUGAGGAUGAUACUCAAAAGCAGACAUUUUCCGAAACUCUCUUGCUGCCAUGCGAUAUGGGAGACUUGCUAGCGCGGUGGACAACCCUUGACAACCACAAGAUUCAGAGUCCUAGUGUUGACAUUCUAGUUGGGUUUGAAAGAGAAUAG